GCUCACUGGGAUUAAUUUAACUCUACUGUUGGAAAAGGAGAAACUUCUGAGUUGUUUUUAUUGAUCUGAAAGCACUAAAUGAGUGACCUAAGGUGUAUUGCAACUACAGAAAGAUGAACAACACUCUGCAAGACAGAAACAUGUUUACAGUACAAGCAGACGUUAUAUUUCACGCAGCAAACCCUGACUCUCCAGAAUCACCUAUCCCAGCUGAAGGGAACAACAACAGUGUCACAGCUAUGGAGAAAACGGGCAUCCCUGGUGCGGAAAUACUGCAGGGUCUCCCGGGUACAUGGGAUACAUCAGAAUCAGGAGGUUUAACUGACAAUAGGAUUUUGGGAAACUAUGGCACUGUAACAGGUGCAGAAUACGCACAAGAUGCUGUCUCUAGUGACAGUGGAUUUCAAGAGCACAUACAGCCUCUGGACUCAUCUAGAGCACAAAAUCUGGACCUUAGUUUGAGAAAUAUGAGUGAAGCUUCAAGUCAAGGAAAUAUUAGAGAAGAAACGAAUGGAACAAAGAUAGCUUCCAGUUUGGCAUCCUCUCUGUACUUCAGACCAGAGAACAAGGAGGAAAUUGACAAAUUAUCCAAUAUCCUAAGAGACGGUGAGGUGGUUCGGAGUCAGCUUGACAUUAAAAAUGUCUCCUCCACAUCAGAGGACAAAAAUAAUUCCUAUUCAAGCUCUCAAAAAAUGAGGUCACUUGAAAAAACCCUGGGAUGCUUUAUAAGUUCCUCUGAAGGAACAGAUCAGACCUGCUACAGAACAUCGCUUGGACAGACUGGGCAGGAAUCAAGCCAAGGGCUAAAGCAAAGUGGAUCUGCAGUAAGAGAAGCUCUAUCUGCAAAAGAAGAGCCGAAUUUAGUCAUAGAGGUGGGCGGACAGAAAAUACAAGCACACAAAUCAGUAUUAGCUGAGAAAAGUGAUUAUUUUAAGGCCAGGCUUUCUCGAGACAUCCUGAAGGUAAAAGGAAUGAGCUACAAGACCUUAUCAGUGCUUGUAGAUUAUGUUUACUCCUCCCAGAUGAACGUAAGCAAAGACAAUAUUGUGGAUGUCAUCACAGGAGCAAAGAUCCUGCAGAUGCCCUGUGCGGUACAAGCUGCUAUCGACACCAUAUCCACACAGAUCACGCCUGGGAACUGCUAUGAAAUCCUAAUGAUUGCCAAAAAGCAGCGACUAAAUGAACUGAAAGAAACAGCCUAUCGGUUCAUGAGUGACAACUUUCUCCAGGUUCUGAGAGAUCCGGCGGUUUACGGGCGCCUCACGGGCUCAGAGAGAGACCUCAUAUUGCGCAAACGGAUGGAGAGCCGCCAGUGUCUGAUGGUUGCGGAAAUCAACGACGUGUUUGAGCGUGUAGGAAGUAGACCGCCCAGCAGAAACAGCAGCCGUCCCCAGAGUCCUCUCUCCAUCACGUCUUUUGAGGACAAUCACAUGAUCUACAGCUACAAUAAAAGCAGUAAGGACUGGCACACCCUGACCGUCAUGCCAGAAGACAUCAACACCAGGGGCUGCGGUAUUUGUACUAUGUACAACUACUUGUUUGUGGCCGGCGGGAUCAGGGGAACUGGGGAGAAAAGCAAAGUCUCGGACAGAGUAUUCUGCUACAAUCCCAUCACAGACCGCUGGAGCGAAGUCCGACCCAUGAACCAAGCACGAUCGCAACUCAAACUCGUCUCCAUGGACGGGAACCUGUAUGCCAUUGGCGGUGAAUGUCUUUUCACCGUGGAGAAGUACGACCCUCGAAUGGACCGCUGGAUGUCAGUGGCUCCUCUACCUAAAGGAGCAUUUGCAGUGGCUCACGAAGCCACUACGUGUAACGGUGAGCUGUACGUCUCAGGAGGAUCUCUGUUCUAUCGGUUGUUGAAAUAUGACCCCAAGAGAGACGAAUGGCAGGAGUGUCCAUACAACAACAGCAGGAAAAAAUCCACAGACAUGGUGGCUCUCAAGAGCUUCAUCUACCGAUUUGAUGUAAACCGUGAACAGGGCAUCAGUGUCUUUAAAUACAACACCAUCGUGAAGAUGUGGCAUGACUGUGCCUCCCAGCAGCAGGGCUGCACACUGCCGUUUCGAUGUGCUGUCAUUGAUAAUUGCAUCUACUGUGUGAAUAAAUCUCAGACUCUUCAGUUCAUUGUAGAAGAGGAUGGAGGUCGAUUCAAAGACGAGUCUCUGAAAGCACCUGUGGAGGCCAAAGGCAUCUUAUUCCCCUUCGUUCUUAGCUUGCCUGAGAGAGGUGGAAGAAUUGCAUGAGUAGGAUAUUUCAUCCCUCGUAUGACCCUUCGGAGUCACUCCAAACAUGGAGAAAGAGAAUGCCUGGUCAAUAUUUAUAGAUUAAACAUUAUCUCCAGAGAAGUUCAAGGUGCCAGCACGUAGUGCUUGAAACUGGAAUGUGUUUCUUUGCAUGGUAAGAAAAACAUGUAAAACCAAUGUAAAAUCACAGCUCCACUAUUCAACUUUAGGAAAUGCAUUUAUAGCUAAUUUGUGCAGUCUCUUCCUUCAUUUGUUUUGUGCACUUUGUAUCGGAUAGUAGUUUAGGCUGAACCUAAAAACCCAUUCAUUUGUAAAGGCUAGUUUAUUGCACCGACAGCCCUGACCAACAGCAACAAUCGCCAGAAAUUCCACGACCUGACUAAUACGAUUAAACGUUCAGUUUCUGAAAACAAACACUGACCAACUCAGGGUUAACACACCGAUCCGAGUGAACCCAACAAACUUCUCUGUUACUAUUGAUCGGAUUCUGUCAGUGCAGUGCGAAUUAACCUUAAAAUGGCAAUGAAGAGCACAAAUGAACAAUUGAAGCACAUGAUGUAAUAAUGUGACCCUGUUUUCUAGCAACAGAUUCUAUGCAAAUAGAUUUUGAAGUAAAAAUUAAACACUUUUUGAACUACAUAGCAAAAAAUAGCUCUCAAUUCUAGAACUUUGAUACAUCAGGGGUCAAUAAACAAAUGUCCUGAAGCAGCUGACAGAGAAGCCAUAACCUUUGAUGACAUUGGCGUAACAUUAGGGAAACUUAAAGAGCACAAAUCACUUGACUUCUGUAAUUGCUGCUACUCUAAUAUUACUGGCUCACGGAUGUAGUUCAAACCAGUGCAUUCCUAUGACAGCACACUCAGCGGCGCAUUCUCUCUGAGACCCUUCUAGGAGAGAUUUUAGCACUUUCAUUGAGGAAAGUCCAGAAGGCAAAAAAAAGGUGUAUGUUCUUUAUUUCUGAGUCAUUGCCAAAGAUAAAAGUUGUAAUUUGCAGGCAGACAAACAUUAAUUUAAAUUGCAUUAUUAUGAGCAAUACCUUUUUUGUUUGAAAUAUCAUUCAUCAAUGUUUUAGGAUUUAAGCUCAAGCUGUUGUUAAUGAAGACUACAAUUACAGUUCAAUACAAUAACAUUUAUCCAUAAAAAACACACUUCAGAUUCUCAGAUUCUCAGAUCUUCAACAGCUAGGGAGAAAAUAUUGUCUUUAUGGUGUUGUCUUAUAUGAAUUUAGGCUGAACCCAUCAAAGAGGGACAAUGUCACAAAACUCAAAACAUUCAUAUGGUAUCCAUAGCAUGUAAUGAGGUAUUAUAAUGUCAUUUAUAACUUGGAUGUUGCAAUCUGUGUAGACACCCUGUGAUGUUUAGUGUCCAGGAGUAUUUUACUGAGAUACAAUUGUUGACGCUUCAGUAUUCCCCUAGACAUUUAUGAACUGAUGGAGAAUGUGAGAUGAGUAAUAGUUUGAGGAUAUGGAUUUUAAAAAUGUUUCUUUAGUGUAAUACUGUUGAAAUAAACUUAAGGGAAUUUGAAUAUGAAUGUUGGUAUGAUUAUGAACUUGAAUGUGAAUGUUUUAUUAGCUUUUUAAUUAACUCCAUGUGCUUUAAUCAAUUUUAAUGAAGCUGGACAAACAACACAAUUCCAGUAAACAUCAUUCAAAAAUGUAUUCACUGAAGAAUCCCUCCAACUCUGCAAUGGUUCCCAACACAUUUAAAUGGUAACAACUUUUGUCGUUUUUUUUUUUUUUAAGAUGUUUUUAAAUAGUAUGAUAAUUGGAAAACUCUUCAAACAUUCAAAUGAAAGUGUCUAUAAUACUGGUCAUAUGGGGGGGGGGGGGGGGGUAUUGCUUGCUGAUGUGUAUAAAGCUAAUAUGCUUUUAAAACAAAUGGCUUGAUUUGAUGGCUUCACAUUUUCAGUGGCUUUAUGUCAGUUUAACAUCUCACAAACUUUUUCUGUCUUUACAAUAAAAGAUCUUUUGUUUCCUGGUUCA